CAGCAUCAGGCCAGGAGUCCCGGUGACGGGAAGCUCCUGGCCCACGCGUCCAACACUGCCGUAAAACCAUCGCCCGGUCAUCAUUCCCUGCCGCGGAAAAAGACACCAUCCGAGAUUAGAAACUCCUCGACCCAGCAGUUCCAGCGUGCCCAAUCGUUAAGGCGAAGCUGUUUGUCGCCUACACAGUAUCAUCAUCAGCAGCAUCAUCAUCAGCAUCGUCAACAAGAGAGCUCGUUGCACUUCGAAUACUUUGUACCCAGAAGCGUGAGCGAGUUUAACCUAGCCGCGGCUGCGGUCACCGAUAUGGCGGUACCACCGCCGCCACCCACUUCCGUUCUAAGACCAUCCUCAGCGGUUACGCCUCCGUUGUCCUCUGCGCCUAAUCCAGCCUUGUCCAAUCAAUCUCGACUGCUCGAGUGUUCUGGAACGGCUACCAGAAGCCGGGAGAAGAUGGUCACGUUCGAGGACGAAGGGAUGAACACCUCGACGCCAACCAGGAAGAACGUUUCCGGGCUGGACAAUGUUUUCAUGUGACGCUGCAAUCAUGGUUGAACUUGUGAAUCGAUAUUUCAACGGAGGAUCUAUCUUACAAGGAUCUGGUUACGGUAUUUCACGGGUGGAUUAAGAAUGAUUAAGUUAAUUAUGAAAUUGUCAGGAUUUAGGGUACUUUGAUGGUUGAAUUUAAGGAUACGAGGGAGAAGAAUGAAAAUGGAGCGAAGACAAGAAUGGGAUGUAGAGUUUCGUACUCUGAAGAAGACACGAACUUCAAACAACGAAGGUGUCUUGAACGAAGGAAGCCGGGGUUUUACUUUUUGGAAACUUUAACGGCGAAAUCGUUCGUCGUGACGAAAGACACUAGAUUUCUAUCGUUUACAUUAUAACUACCGUUACUGUAACACUAAUUAAUACUCUUA